UCCCGACGUCUUCACUCGUCUCUUCGCUCGAGAGGAUGUAUAACGCGGCGUCGCAGUCCUUCACGCACGCGCGCGCGUCGUCCGCCUUCUGAUGACACGCCGCGCGGUUCGCGUACAGCCUCACGAGCGUCCCGUCUGGAUGCGGCGCGGUCUUCUCCGUGUCGAUCGCGUUCGUGUACGCCUCGAGUGCGGCGCGGUAGUUCCCCGCCUUCCAGAACGCGUCGCCCUUGUCCUUCAAAAAGAUGGGCUCGCGCUCGGUGAUGUCCCGGGCGUCUUUCCCGCCUUUCCCGUCCAACCCUUUCGCGCCGUUCUCGCGCUGCGACGCUUUCCACUCCUUGAUCUCCUUCUCCCGGCUCGCGCGCGCGGGCAUGUGCUCCUGCUCGAGUUUCGUGAACUCGACGCCGACGCGCGUGGACGCGCGCGGCGGCGGGAGCUCUCGCGUCGGCGCCGCGAGCAUCGCGUCGACGGCGCGCUCGGCGCGCUCCUUCCUUCGCUUCUCCUCCUUCGCCGCGCGCUCGCGCGCCGCCUCCUCUGCGGUCUGCUCGUCGUCGCUCGAGUCCUCGAGCAUCUUGUCGAGCGUCGCCUCCGGGAUCGCGUUCCCGUCCACGGCGGCGUCGCCCGUCGCCGCGGCGACGGCGUCCGGCGUGAGAAUUUUCGCCGCGAAUUCCUUCUCUCGCGCGACGCGCGUGUUCGCUUCUUUCCUCGCGCGCGUCGCCGCGUCGUCGUCGCUGUCGUACGCGACGUCCUCGUCCUCGGACUCGCCGUCCACGGCCGCGGUGUUACCUCCGCGCGCGGCGAUCGCGUCGCCCUCUUCCUGCCACCUGAGCACCCUCUCUCGCUCGCGUUCGAGCUCCUCGUCUUGGCGUUUUUCGAUCGUCGCGCGUCGAUCGUUUUCGAUCGCCCACUGCUUCUCCAGGUACGCCUUCUCCGCCUUCUUCUUCGCGUCUCUCGCCGCGAGUCUCUCCGCGACGAUCCUCGCGUGCGCCUUCUCCACGGACGCGACGCGGCGCUCCGCGAUCUCCUGUUUCGUGCACGCCUCGGACGGCUCGCGUCGAAGCUUCCCCCACGUCGUUCCCGGGGACGCUUUCGCGCAUCGGAACCGCACGCCGCGGUCGUCGAUCGUCGCGACGCACUCGCCGUCUCUGAUCUCGCCGUGAAGGUCGCACGAGAAUAA